GGCGGGAGGGGGAGUCCCGCAGAUCCGGCCUCGCGGCAGCCUCGUAACCUUCCCGCCGGUUCUAGGCCUGCUCCAGGGGCAUCCUUGCUUAUCCUACCUGCAUAAUCAACUCCCUCUAGGGCCCUCUUUUUCCCUCCCUCACUGCCCGUCGAAGACCUAGACUUAGUGAGGGUGGCAAAAAGGGCCGUACCUUGGGGGAGUAAGAUAUGUAUUUUCUCUGAAUUCUGGUUGCCGCUAAGGGCGUGCGGUUCCCUACAGGGGACCCAGGAUCCAGCACUGGCCAGGCCCAGGUGGGGACCCACCUGACAGUGGUCACUGCUGCCUUAGCCUUGCUGUCCUCACGGCCUGGGGCUUCGGCCCUCAAGCCGGUUUGAGAGCCAAAAGCUCCCCUAGGAAGCCCGCUUCUUAUUCUGACCUCCCAAAGAGAUGCCUGGGGAGGGGCCAAGUUUAUGUACUGGGGUUGGGGUGGGGUCCUGUGUCCACUUCUCUUGUCCCUGCAGUCCGUCCUUCCGGUUCCUGUCUAUUCGAGCCUCCAGUCGCAUCAUGCUUCCUCUUGCGGCCCCAAUGGCUCAUUCAGCCCCGGUUUUUCCUGCCUCAUGCCCUUUGCACACACUGUUCCUGCUGCAUGCAGUGCCCUCCCCACCUCCAUUACCUUGGCCGAGUUAGCACCUAGGGGAAGUGACCUAUCAGGCUAGGUCAGAAUUUCCUAGCUUAAGUGCUUUCGGAGUUUCUUGUGCUUCGGUGCUAUUAUCACAGCUGUAAUUUUUCACUUGUUUGUGUGGUCAUUUAACUCUCUUCUCCAGUAGACUGUUCCGUGAAGGCAAAGCCUUUGUGUGCUGUUCACUACUGUAUCCCCACUGCUGGGUUGAGCACCUGGCGCCCGUAGCAGCCACGCAGUACCUGUUUGCGGAGUGAUUCAUACAUUCUACACACUCUGAAGGAUGAAUGGAGCUGGGGGGGCGGGUACUCAGGUGCCCUGGCGACUUUGGCCCCGCCCCAAGUCCCUGCCAGAGAACACCUGGGGUUGGAGCAGGUCUCUCGGCCGGGACACGCGGAUCCCCACCCACCCAGACGCAUGGAGGCUGUGACGUUUGGUGAUGUGGCUGUGCACUUCUCACGGGAGGAAUGGCAGUGUCUGGACCCUGCCCAGAGGGCCCUCUACAAGGAGGUGAUGCUCGAGAACCACAGCAGUGUGGCCGGACUAGCAGGAUUCCUGGUCUUCAAGCCUGAGCUGAUCUCCCGGCUGGAACAGGGGCAGGAGCCAUGGGUCCUCGACCUGCAAGGAACGGAGGGGAGAGAGGCAGCCAGGACCUCCCGGGCAGAUUCUACAGUCGGGACCGAGAGUGAGCAGGCCUGUGAAGACAUUGACCGUCUAAAAUCAGAAUCCUGUGUGGUCAUGGUCAAAACCCCGUCCCAGGACUUUCCCCAGAGUCCUGGCUUUGGAGACGCCUCUGAUCCCGAGGUCUGUUCAGAGAGUCAGCCAACCUCCCUCUUCCAGAAAAACUGCUUGAACAUAGGGACUGCGGCUCCCAGGGAGACCUUCGCUGAGGACGAGGCCCAGGGGUGUGGUGAGCAGGGGAGCGGUGGCCGCCUGGGUUGUCGACAUGACCAAAGUCAGGGGUCCUUGCGAAGAUGCAACAUCUGUGGUAGGAGUUUCCGAUCUACUUCAGAUGUCUCUCUGCAUCAGGAAAUUAAUACACAGAAGAGACCUAACAGCUGCCAGGAGUGCCAAAAAAAAUUACCUGAUUGCUUACAGGGGAGAAAUCUGAGUACCUUGCAUGGAGAGAAGCCAUAUGAGUGUGAGGAGUGUGGGAAGGUCUUCAGGUUGUGCUCACAGCUUACUCAGCAUCAGAGGAUCCAUACUGGAGAGAAGCCGUUUAAAUGCACCGAGUGUGGGAAGGCCUUUCGUCUGAGCUCGAAACUCAUUCAGCAUCAAAGGAUUCACACUGGGGAGAAGCCCUACAGGUGUGAGGAAUGUGGAAAAGCCUUUGGUCAGAGCUCUAGCCUCAUCCACCAUCAGAGGGUCCACACAGGAGAGAGGCCCUAUGGCUGCCGGGAGUGCGGGAAGGCCUUCAGCCAGCAGUCUCAGCUGGCCAGGCACCAGAGGACCCACACGGGAGAGAGGCCCUACCCAUGCCAGGAGUGCGGGAAGGCCUUCAGCCAGAGCUCAACCCUAGCUCAGCACCAGCGGAUGCACGCUGGGGAGAAACUUCAGCUCCCAAGAACCCCGGAUAGUCCCAGCCUGGUUGCACAUCAGAGGUUGCAUGCUACCGAGAAACCAUUUAAGUGUGACGAGUGUGGGAAGGCUUUCCGGUGGGUCUCCCGCCUUAGUCAGCAUCAGCUGACACAUACCGGAGAGAAACCUUAUAAAUGCAACAAGUGUUCAAAGGCCUUUGGUUGCAGCUCACGGCUUAUUCGCCACCAGAGAACUCACACUGGAGAAAAACCAUUUAAGUGUGAUGAGUGUGGGAAAGGCUUUGUCCAGGGCUCACACCUAAUUCAGCAUCAGAGAAUUCACACUGGAGAGAAGCCCUAUGAGUGCAGUGACUGUGGGAAGGCCUUCAGCCAGAGCUCAAGCCUCAUUUACCAUCAGAGGAUCCAUAAAGGGGAGAAGCCCUACGAGUGCCUCGAAUGUGGAAAAGCCUUCAGUAUGAGCACACAGCUCACAAUACACCAGCGGGUGCACACGGGGGAGAGGCCCUAUAAGUGCAGUGAAUGUGGGAAAGCCUUCAGUCAAAACUCUACCCUUUUCCAGCACCAGAUCAUUCACGCUGGGGUGAAGCCCUACGGAUGCAGCGAGUGUGGGAAAGCCUUCAGCCGGAGCUCGUACCUCAUUGAGCACCAGAGGAUCCACACUCGAGCCCAGUGGUACCAUGAGUAUGGGAAUACUCUGGAAGCUUCUACCCACGUGAGCCGUAAGAAAGUUAAUACUGUAAAGAAACUUCAUAAAUGUAAUGAAUGUGAAAAAAUAUUCAGAUGGCGCUCACAUCUAAUUAUACACCAGAGAAUUCACACUGGAGAGAAACCUUAUAAAUGUAAUGAAUGUGGCAAAGCUUUUAAUAGGAGCUCAAGGCUUACUCAGCAUCAGAAAAUUCACAUGGGAUAGACCACUCACCUUUACGAAUGUGUAUAAAUGUGAAUAAACCUACAGCCUUAACUUAUUUUUUAUGGGAUCAUUUAUACUGAUGAUUUAAAAUGUUGUGAAAGAUUCAGAAUUGCUCUCUUAGGAGAGGGAGCAUCCAGAUUCACAUGAUGUGUAUGUUUAUUUGCUGGCACGUUUGACCUUCAGUAAAGCCCCUGUCCCUCACAUGAAGGUGCACAUGUGUAGCAUUUGAGUUCACAGAGGGAAGACCCCAGGUCCUGCAGACGAGGAAGAGGCAUGAGAAAAGCCCCGUGAGCCCCUCCAGACGAGUGAGUUGAAAGAAGUUACCCAGGACGUCUUCCUUAAGCACCAGGUACUCAGACUGGCUUCAGCAGCAAGAUAUGCUCACUCGUGUCUGCGGGGCCCCAGGCGGCGCGGCCGGGUCCCCCUCACCUGACUCCCCCAGCAGGGCCUCUUUGGGGAGGAGCUGGCUCCAGCAGCGGUGCCUGGGCCCGGGGACAGUGUCACUGGCCCACCCUACGUCCAGAGUCCAGCUGCUUCAGUUACGAGAAUCAGACGCGCAGCCCUCACUGGGAUUCCCAGCCCAGCCCUCAGCAUUGCAGGAGCCUCACCUCAGUCCCGAGAACACCACCAGAGGCUGGGAUGUGUGUUGGCUGCUGCUGGCCAGACAUCCUCAAAACUCCAGCCAUGGGGACUGCCAAAACUGGGGGGUCUGCGAGCAGACACACGAGCCCGUGCCUUCUCAAAGGCCUGAGGACGGUGGAGAUGCCUGCUCACCGAGAUCAGCCUGUCGGCGUGGUCACGUGGGCCCCACAGGUCCCAGGGCAGAGGGCCCCGUGGGUGCUGAGCAACAGGUGCGCGUGAGCGAGCCUGCUCCGCCCACAUCACCUCCUCCCCGGGUUUUCUCUGCCAGCGCAGCCUGGAGAAACGGCCAGGGUAGAGUGGUCAGGGCCCUUGGCCUUCUUGGCACGGGCGGAAAGAACGUUCAAGGGAGAUCACUGCUCCGCCCACCCCUCUGGUGAACCUGACUGACUGGCUGGGGUUGCGGAGCGGCUCACAGAACAUCUCCGCAAGGCCUGUGAGCCACAGGAUGAGGCUGACAUGGAGCAUUGAGUCCAGCCCUGCUUGGGGCCCUGGACUCGGCAGCGGUGACUCAGGACCAGGUGUGUCAUUUGCACAGGCUGACACCCAGGACCACCCCCCUGAGACCUGCCAAUCUUUGGUGCCAUUGCCCAUAGUCACAGGCCAAAGGCGGCCUGCCACAGAGAGGCCACUUCUCCCGUGUACGGACAGGUGACCCUGAGGGACAUAGGUCACUUCAGGAUUUAUUGCAGCACGACUUGGGUCACCAUCACACUGGUUGGGUGAAGCCCAGAUCGCCUUGUGCGACACGGCCCAAAAUCAGCCCGUGGGUUUGUAUCAGGGGAGACAGUGCCACUCCGUGUGUACUGGCGGGCCUGGUGGGGCUGGGAACAGUGGAGUUCAGGGUGGCCGAGUUCACGUGAGUGUCCAUUCUCAGCACGUGGACAGGGACUCAACCCCGCAGCAGCUCAGCCUGAUCUGCCAGGUCGCCUGACACAAGGUGUGACACGUUCUCAGGUUGCAGUGUUGUCUCUGGGGAUGAGGAUCACCCCCCAACCUGCACCUUCGGGGGUGUUCCCGCCCUGGGCAGAGGACACCAUGCAGUCAUUGUGCCCCCUGCAGCAGCUGUAACCCCAUCUCCCCGGCCGUCCCCUGCUCCACCCAGAACUUGUGUCUGAAGGGUCAGUGCAAGAGGGCAGGGACCUUUACAGACUGUGCAGAGAUUGUGAACAGAGAUUAUGUCCCCGCCUCGGCUGCUGUGCUCAACCAGGUGGUCACUGCCAUCAGAGCCGGACAGGGUGGGCACAUGUGAGUGGUCUGUAUCUUAGGCUUUGUGAGCCACCCAAGAAUGGGACAAAGAGUCAAGGUCCCGGUGCACAUGCCACACGCGCCUGGUGCCAUCAUGUGCUGGAAGGGCCUGCCGAGGCCCCAUGCUCUCGCCUUCUGGCUCUAGGAAGGCUGUUUGUCACUGGGUGUGCCGUCCCCACAAGGGAGUUGUCUCCUGGCCACUUCCGGGUAAUGAUGGACAAAGGGGUGGAAGGCCUCUGGACUCCAGGUUCUCCAUGGGGCAGGAUGCUUCUGUUUUCCCCUGACAGCAGUUGCAGGCUGGCCAAAAAGGGCCAGAGGGACCAGCCUUAAAUCUGUUUCAGCACCUGGAUUCUUUCUGGAUCAACACGGUCCUAAGUCAGCGGCUGGCUGACUGUGUGGCCCAUGGGCCAAAUGCGGACCUGUGCCCACACCUGUGAGGCCUGAUGAUCAGCCUGAGGCCACUGGGCUGGGUAGCUCUAAAGCCUGGGGCCUACACAGCCCGCAGAACCUGAGCCACAGUCAGUCCUGUAAAUGCACUCAUGUCCAGGAAACUUAAUCACAGACAGCCAAGGGGUAAGGCAGCUGCUUCAGCUGCAGCCGAUCUGACAGCUUCCUGGCUUCGCUUCCGAGUCCCCUGUUGGCAGGGCUCCUAACCACUUCGGCUUGGUGCUGCUCCCAAUCCGUGUUUGCUCAGAUCAGGAUUUUAAUGUACCUGUUUACCUUUUAACAGGCCGAGAGCUAAGGAUGGUUUUUACAUUUUUAAAUGGUUGGGGGGGUGAAAGACUAUUUUGUGACAUUUGAAAAUGAUAUUGAAAUCAGAUUUCAGUGUGACCAAAUAAAGGUUCUUGGAACACAGCUGGCCCACUUUUCUGCGGGUUGCCUCUCAGCGAGUGGCAGUCCCGCCUCGUUUACUUGGGUAAAAACUUCAUGCCUCCAGCCUUUGAGGGAUUAUUUUUCCUCUCUCUUCUUAGUGUGCUUUGUUCACUUAAAUGUCCCAAUACAACCAAGAAUUCAAUAGAAAUACAUCUCAAGCUCUGCAUUCCAGCCUAGAAUAUCGACUGCAGAAGUACAGGGUGAGGCGUCCUUUCUUAGCUGAGUCCAUGUGAGAAAGAUGUGUAGUAUUCAUGUGUCACCUGGCAAGACAUUGUGAGUUCAAACUACUGCACAGGUUUGAGAUCCCAGAGCACAGGAAAAGCAUCUGCACACGUCAUGUGUGCCGGUCGCUUUGCAGGGAGGGAGAGGAGAGGGCUGCCUGCCGGGUAGUGCGAGUUCU